UAUUGGAGUCACCAUAGUCUCUCAAUCCAAAAAUCCAUUAGACUAAGCUAAAGAGUCUUUGGUUUCUAGUAGAAUGGCAUUCAAAAUCCAGUGCCUGGUAUUGAUGUUGGUUUUGGCAGCUUGGGCUGGUCAGGCAACAUGUCGCAGCCUCCAAGAUUCAUCGAUGUAUGAAGAGCAUGAACAAUGGAUGGCUCAUUCUGGUCGGGUUUAUAAGGACGCCAAUGAGAAGGAGAAGCGGUUCCAGAUAUUCAAGGAGAAUGCUGCCCGUAUAAAAUUAUUUAACAAUGCCAAUGACAAGCCCUACAAGCUGGGCAUCAAUCAAUUUGCUGAUCUUACCAAUGAGGAGUUCAAGACUUCAAGAAAUAGAUUCAAGGCUCACAUGUGCUCCCCAAAGACCACUUCUUUCAAGUAUGAGAACUUUACUGCAGUACCAUCCUCCAUGGACUGGACAAAGAAGGGGGCUGUUACACCUGUUAAGGACCAAGGCCAAUGCGGAUGUUGUUGGGCAUUCUCAGCUGUGGCGGCCAUGGAAGGGAUCACUAAGCUUACCACUGGAAAACUAAUCUCCUUAUCGGAGCAAGAAUUGGUGGACUGCGACACCAAGGGGGAGGAUCAAGGCUGUAAUGGUGGUCUCAUGGACAAUGCAUUUCAGUUCAUUAAACAGAACAAGGGCCUCACAACUGAGACCAAUUACCCCUACAAAGGAGUAGAUGGCUCAUGCAACACAAAGCAGGCAGCCAACCAUGCAGCCAAGAUAACUAGCUAUGAAGACGUACCAGCCAACAGUGAGAAGGCGCUGAAAAAGGCGGUUGCUAACCAGCCAGUUUCAGUUGCCAUUGAUGCUGGUGGUUUCGAAUUCCAGUUUUACUCAGGUGGUGUUUUCACUGGACCUUGUGGGACUCAACUGGAUCAUGGAGUUACUGCAGUUGGCUAUGGAGUGGCUGAUGAUGGAAACAACUAUUGGUUGAUCAAGAACUCUUGGGGAGAUCAAUGGGGUGAGCAAGGCUACAUCAGGAUGCAGAGGGAUGUUGAUGCAAAAGAAGGGCUCUGUGGCAUAGCAAUGGAAGCUUCUUAUCCAACUGCAUGAACUUCAUUAAGCGCCUAUUAAAUCUUUUCAGCUGUCUUUGAUUAUGUGUCCUGCUUAUUUAGUAGCUAGAAAUCUUCCCAGGAAGAAGACUGUAAAGCUAUACAU